AUGGACGGCAGUGUAGUGAUUGAUGUGAGCGGUGGAGGCAGUGAGGGUGGUGCAGAGGGGUAUGAGGGCGAAGCAUUGCUGCCAUGGUCCACCAGGGCCAGCGUGAACACCCUGCAGCAUCUGGUGGAGCAGCUUCCGCUUCAGGCCGCGGUGGACAGGACGAAGGUCUCUCAAGCAGCUGCCGAACUUCAAUGGUACUGCACGCAGAGUGCUUCCAAGGACGCCCUGCUAGUCAGCAUUCAGGCGGGAAGCAACCCGUUCCGGGAGCCCAGAUCCUGUGCUUUAUUGAUUGCCUGCCUCCAAGUCUCAAGAAAGCAUUUUUCCCUAACCAAAUGA